AUGCAGAGCUUUCAGUGGCGAGACUUAGUCAAUGAAGAAUCCAUGAAGCGCGUCUCGGCGUCUCACAAACCAGAGUACCGGCGCCACGGCUCAGACAUGGCUCCGUGGAGUGAAGACAAGAAUAGGACUUUGGACGAGUGGAGUUGGGUUCCUCCUCCUCGUGACUACUUCGGUGACGACGACAAUUGA